CACUGAUGGUUUUCCACUUUUUGCUCAUCUUCAAAUCAGAAAUAUCAGAAUCACCAUUUAAUUCUACUUUUUCUUCUCACCUAUCAACUGUAUAAAUACAAUUUAAAUUCUCCCCAGAUUCAAUACUUUUUUUUUCUUUUCCUCUAACAACAAUUUUUAUUUAAUCUUCUUGAUUAUUAUAUUAUAUUGUAGUCUUUUUGUCUCUUCUUGAAUCUCACUGUCAUUCUCCCCCGGAUUUUCUUAACGAGACUUAUAAUAUAUUUACAAUAAUCAAUUCUAUUCCUAUUCCUAUUCCUACUGCCAUUCUUAUUUUAUUUUCUUUAUCUAUAACUAUUCCCUGUUAAUUUUCCAUAUUCUAUUCUAUUUCAUUCUAUUUUAUUCUACUCUUGUAUAAUCAGCAAAUCAAUAUCAAACAAUCUACUUACAUCAAUUCAACCUACAUAAUUAUCUUAUCUCAAAAUGCAAACUCAUCAAAUUGACUCAUCUUAUGCUGUUCCUCCUCCAAAGAACCUUGGAAAUAUUAGAGAUAAUAUGACCAUCUUGGGUUCGAUGAACAAGAUCUUGGUCGCCAAUAGAGGUGAAAUCCCAAUCAGAAUCUUCAGAACUGCUCACGAAUUGUCCAUGCAAACUGUUGCCAUCUUCUCUCAUGAAGAUCGUCUUUCCAUGCACAGAUUGAAAGCUGAUGAAGCCUAUGUUAUCGGUGAAAAGGGUGAAUUCUCUCCUGUUCAAGCUUAUUUACAAAUUGACGAAAUCAUUAAAAUUGCUAAGGAGCACAACGUUUCCAUGAUCCAUCCAGGUUACGGUUUCCUCUCUGAAAACUCGGAAUUUGCUGAUAAAGUUGAAAAAAAUGGCAUUGCUUGGGUUGGUCCUCCAGCUAGUGUUAUCGAUUCUGUUGGUGACAAAGUCUCUGCAAGAAUCUUAGCUUCCAAAUGUAACGUUCCAACUGUUCCAGGUACCCCAGGUCCAAUUGAAAACGUUGAAGACGCUCAAGACUUUGUCAACAAACAUGGCUAUCCAGUCAUCAUCAAAGCCGCCUUCGGUGGUGGUGGUAGAGGUAUGAGAGUCGUCAGAGAAGGUGAUGACAUUGCUGAUGCCUUCCAAAGAGCCACCUCUGAAGCCAAAGCUGCUUUCGGUAAUGGUACUUGUUUCAUCGAAAGAUUCUUAGACAAGCCAAAACAUAUCGAAGUCCAAUUAUUAGCCGAUUCUUAUGGUAACGUUGUCCACUUAUUUGAAAGAGAUUGUUCAGUACAAAGAAGACAUCAAAAAGUCGUUGAAAUUGCCCCUGCUAAAACUUUGCCAAUUGAAGUCAGAGAUGCUAUCUUAACUGACGCUGUCAAAUUAGCCAAAACCGCCAACUAUAGAAAUGCUGGUACUGCUGAAUUCUUGGUCGAUGAGCAAAACAGACAUUACUUUAUCGAGAUCAAUCCAAGAAUUCAAGUUGAACAUACCAUCUCUGAAGAAAUCACUGGUGUUGAUAUUGUUGCUGCUCAAAUUCAAAUUGCUGCCGGUGCUUCUUUAGCCCAAUUGGGUCUAUUGCAAGACAAAAUCACCACUAGAGGUUUUGCUAUUCAAUGUCGUAUCACAACUGAAGAUCCUGCUAAGGGUUUCCAACCAGACACUGGUAGAAUUGAAGUCUACAGAUCUGCUGGUGGUAAUGGUGUCAGAUUAGAUGGUGGUAAUGGUUUUGUUGGCGCUGUCAUCUCUCCUCACUACGAUUCCAUGUUGGUUAAAUGUUCUUGUUCCGGUUCCACUUAUGAAAUUGCUAGAAGAAAGAUGUUGAGAUCUUUAAUUGAAUUCAGAAUCAGAGGUGUCAAGACCAACAUUCCUUUCCUUAUUGCUCUUUUAACUAAUGAAGUCUUUGUUAAAGGUGACUGUUGGACCACAUUUAUCGAUGAUACUCCAUCAUUAUUCGAAAUGGUUCACUCAAACAACAGAGCUCAAAAAUUAUUAAACUACUUGGCCGAUUUAGCUGUCAAUGGUUCAUCUAUUGCCGGUCAAAUUGGUGCUCCUAAAUUAAAUACUGACGUUAUUAUCCCAGUUCUUCACAAUGAAGAUGGAUCCGUUGUUGAUGUCACCCAGCCUUCCUCUACUGGUUGGAUGAACAUUAUCAACAAAGAAGGACCAGAAGCCUUUGCCAAAGCUGUUAGAAGAUACGAUGGAUGUCUUAUCAUGGAUACAACAUGGAGAGAUGCCCAUCAAUCAUUGUUAGCUACCAGAGUUAGAACUGCUGAUAUCUUGGCUAUUGCUCAAACUACCUCUCACGCUUUAGAAAACGCAUACUCUCUUGAAUGUUGGGGUGGUGCUACCUUUGAUGUUGCCAUGAGAUUCUUACACGAAGACCCAUGGGUUAGAUUAAGAGAAAUGAAAAAGAAGUGUCCAAACAUCCCAUUCCAAAUGUUAUUAAGAGGAGCCAAUGGUUUAGGAUAUGCUUCGUUGCCAGACAACGCCAUUGACCAUUUCGUUUUACAUGCCAAAAACAACGGUGUUGAUAUCUUCAGAGUGUUUGAUGCUCUUAAUGACAUUGAACAAUUAACCGUUGGUGCCAAUGCAGUCAAGAAAGCUGGUGGUGUUUUAGAAGCCACUGUUUGUUAUUCAGGAGAUAUGUUAGAACCAGGUAAGAAGUACAACUUGGAAUACUACUUGGCAUUUGUUGAUGAAAUUGUCAAGAGAGGUACUCAUGUUCUUGGUAUCAAAGAUAUGGCUGGUACAUUGAAACCAUCAGCUGCCACUCUUUUGAUCAAGUCAAUUAGAAACAGAUACCCCGACUUACCAAUCCAUGUUCACACCCAUGACUCCGCUGGUACUGGUGUUGCUUCCAUGAUUGCCUGUGCUGAAGCUGGUGCUGAUGCUAUUGAUGUUGCCACCAACUCCAUGUCUGGUAUGACAUCUCAGCCAUCAAUGUAUGCUUUCUUAGCCUCAGUUGAAGGUAAUAUCAAUACUGGUAUCAACUUGAGACAUGCUAGAGAGUUGGAUGCUUACUGGGCACAAAUGAGACUUUUAUACUCUUGUUUUGAAGCUGAUUUGAAAGGACCUGAUCCAGAAGUUUAUGUUCACGAAAUUCCAGGAGGACAAUUGACCAAUUUAUUAUUCCAAGCUCAACAAGUUGGAUUAGGAGCUCAAUGGGCUGAGACCAAGAAGGCUUAUAGAGAAGCCAAUUUGUUGUUGGGAGACAUUGUUAAAGUUACCCCAACCUCCAAGGUUGUUGGAGAUUUGGCCCAAUUUAUGGUUUCCAACAAAUUAACAGCUGAUGAUGUUAGAAGAUUGGCCAGUUCAUUAGAUUUCCCAGAUUCAGUUUUAGAUUUCUUUGAAGGGUUGAUGGGUCAACCAUAUGGAGGAUUCCCCGAGCCAUUAAGAACCGAUGUGUUGAGAGGCAAGAGAAGAAAGUUGACUGUUAGACCUGGUUUAGAGUUAGAGCCAUUUGACUUGAGAAUUAUUAAGAAUGAUUUGGUUGCAAGAUUCGGUAAGAAUAUUUCUGAGUGUGAUAUCGCAUCAUACAAUAUGUUCCCAAGGGUUUAUGAAGACUUUAAGAAGAUGCAAGAUACAUAUGGAGAUUUGUCAGUUAUACCAACCAGAUAUUUCUUGGCUCCACCUAAAUACGAAGAAGAAGUCCAUAUUACCAUUGAGAAGGGUAAGACCUUGAUUCUUAAGAUGUUAGCUAUUGGUGAUUUAACCGAAAAAGGUACCAGAGAAGUUUACUAUGAAUUGAAUGGUGAAAUGAGAAAGGUUCCAGUUCUUGAUAAGAAAGCAGCUGUUGAAACUGUCACCAGACCCAAAGCUGACGUUCACAAUCCAAAUGAAGUUGGAGCUCCAAUGGCCGGUGUUGUCGUUGAAGUGAAGGUGCACAAGGGUAGUGAUGUUAAGAAGGGAGAUGCAGUUGCAGUGUUAAGCGCUAUGAAGAUGGAAAUGGUUAUUUCAGCUACUGCUGAUGGAGAUAUUACUGAUGUUUCAGUCAACCAAGGAGAUGCAGUUGAUGCUGGAGAUUUAUUGGUUAAGAUUGGUAAAAUUGGUGCUAAAGAAGAAUAAAAAAACAACCAAUAAAAAAAAAAUCAGUAUAAUUUAAAAUAUGUGGGGAUAAUGACAAUAUUCAUGCUUUUUGCUCUUUAUUUUUUUGUCUAUAGUUUUUGUUUUAAUUGAUAACCUUUUUAAUAAGAGAAAGAAGUUAUAUUUUUUUAUAUUUUAUAGUGAGAUUUAAAUUUAAUUUGAUUUAAUUUUGAUAUUCUGAAAAGACAGGUGGAUCUGAAAAGUGAAAAAUGGAAAGUAAAAAGUAAAAAGUGAAAAGUGGAAAAUGAAAAAUGAAAAAUC